UUCUCAGGCUCCGACAGGGUGGAAAUAUGAAGAUUUUGAUGCUUGGUAUUUUUCUGUUUUUAUAUAGUACCCCAGGCUGGGCGAAAGAUAAGCAUUACUACAUAGGAAUUAUUGAAACAACUUGGAACUAUGCCUCUGACAAUGGGGAAAAGAAACUUAUUUCGGUUGACACGGAACAUUCCAAUAUCUAUCUUCAAAAUGGCCCAGACAGAAUUGGAAGAAUAUACAAGAAGGCCCUUUAUGUUCAGUUCACAGAUGGAACCUUUAAGACGACUGUAGAAAAACCAGUCUGGCUAGGGUUUUUAGGCCCCAUUAUCAAAGCUGAAACUGGAGACAAAGUUUAUGUACACUUGAAAAACUUUGCCUCUAGAUUCUACACUUUUCACACACACGGAGUAACUUACUAUAAGGAGCACGAAGGGGCCAUCUACCCUGAUAAUACCACAGAUUUUCAAAAAGCCGAUGACAAAGUGUAUCCAGGACAGCAGUAUACAUACAUAUUGCAUGCCACUGAAGAACAAAGCCCUGGUGAGGGAGACGGCAACUGUGUGACUAGGAUUUACCAUUCCCACAUUGACGCUCCAAAAGAUAUUGCCUCAGGACUCAUCGGGCCUUUAAUCCUCUGUAAAAAAGAUUCUCUGGAUAAUGAAAAAGAAAAAAAUAUUGACCAAGAAUUUGUGGUGAUGUUUUCUGUGGUGGAUGAAAAUUUCAGCUGGUACUUAGAAGACAACAUUGAAACUUACUGCUCUAAACCAGAGAAAGUUGACAAAGACAAUGAAGACUUCCAGGAGAGUAACAGAAUGUACUCUUUGAAUGGAUACACUUUUGGAAGUCUCCCAGGACUCUCAAUGUGUGCAGGAGAUAGGGUGAAAUGGUAUCUUUUUGGCAUGGGUAAUGAAGUUGAUGUGCAUGCAGCUUUCUUUCACGGGCAAACAUUGACUAACAAGAAUUACCGUAUUGAUACAAUCAAUCUCUUUCCUGCUACGCUUUUUGAUGCUUUUAUGGUGGCCCAGAACCCUGGAGAAUGGAUGUUGAGUUGUCAGAAUCUAAACCAUCUGAAAGCUGGUUUGCAGGCCUUUUUCCAGGUCCAGGACUGUAAUGAAUCUUCAUCAGAGAAGUAUAUCCCUGAGAAAAGUGUUAGACACUACUACAUUGCUGCUGAGGAAAUCAUCUGGAACUAUGCUCCUUCUGGUAGAGAUAUCUUCACUGAAGAAAACUUAACAGCACCUGGAAGUGACUCAGAGGUGUUUUUUAAACAAAGUACUACAAGAAUUGGAGGCUCUUAUAAAAAGCUGGUUUAUCGCGAGUACACAGAUGCCUCAUUCACUCAUCAAAAGGAGAGAGGCCCUGAAGAGGAACACCUCGGAAUCCUGGGUCCCGUCAUUUGGGCAGAGGUGGGAGACACCAUCAGAGUCACCUUCUAUAACAAAGGAGCAUAUCCCCUCAGUAUCCAGCCAACUGGGGUGAGAUUCAGUAAGGACAACGAGGGCACAUACUAUUCCCUACACAACAACUCCUCAAGUGGAAGUGUGCCUCCUUCUUCAGCCUCCCGUGUGGCACCCCAAAAAAAGUUCACCUAUAAAUGGACUGUCCCUGAGGAAGUGGGACCCACUCAUACAGAUCCUGUCUGUCUGUCUAAGAUGUAUUAUUCUGCUGUGGAUCCCACCAGGGAUAUAUUCACUGGGCUUAUCGGGCCAAUGAAAAUAUGCAAGAAAGGAAGUUUACAGGCAAAUGGGAAACAGAAAGAUGUAGACAAGGAGUUCUAUUUAUUUCCCACGGUAUUUGAUGAGAAUGAGAGUUUACUCCUGGAUGACAAUAUUAGAAUGUUUACAACUGCACCUGAUCAGGUGGAUAAGGAAGAUGAGGAUUUUCAGGAAUCUAAUAAGAUGCACUCCAUGAAUGGAUUCAUGUAUGGGAAUCAGCCUGGUCUCAAUAUGUGCCAAGGAGAUUCGGUCGUGUGGUACUUAUUCAGUGCUGGAAAUGAAGCUGAUGUGCACGGGAUAUACUUUUCCGGAAACACGUAUCUGUCAAGAGGAGAAAGGAGAGACACGGCAAACCUCUUCCCUCACACAAGCCUUACCCUCCACAUGAGGCCUGACACAGAAGGGACUUUUGAUGUUGAGUGCCUCACAACCGAUCACUACACAGGGGGCAUGAAGCAAAAAUACACUGUGAGACAAUGCAGGCAGCUGUCUGAGGAGUCCACCUUCUACCUGGGAAAGAGGACCUACUAUAUUGCAGCGGUGGAGGUGGAAUGGGAUUACUCCCCACGCAGGGAAUGGGAAAAGGAGCUGCAUCAUUUCCAAGAGCAAAAUGUUUCAAAUGCAUUUUUAGAUAAGGAAGAGUUUUACAUUGGCUCAAAGUACAAGAAAGUUGUGUACCGGCAGUACACUGACAGCACAUUCAGAGUUCCAGUGGAGAGAAAAGCUGAAGAAGAACAUCUGGGAAUUCUAGGUCCACUACUUCAUGCAGAUGUUGGAGACGAAGUUAAAAUUAUCUUUAAAAACAUGGCCACUAGGCCUUACUCAAUACAUGCCCAUGGGGUGAAAACAGAGAGUUCUACAGUUACUCCAACAUUACCAGGUGAAACUCGCACUUACAUAUGGAAAAUCCCAGAAAGAUCUGGAGCUGGAACAGAGGAUUUGGCUUGUAUUCCAUGGGCUUACUAUUCAAAUGUGGAUCAAGUUAAGGAUCUCUUCAGUGGAUUAAUUGGCCCACUAAUUGUUUGUCGGAGACAUUAUGUGAAAGUAUACAAUCCCAUAAAGAAGAAGGAAUUCGUCCUUCUGUUUCUAGUUUUUGACGAGAAUGAAUCUUGGUACUUAGAUGACAACAUCAAAACAUAUUCUGAUCACCCUGAGAAAGUAAACAAAGACAAUGAUGAAUUCAUAGAAAGCAAUAAAAUGCACGCUAUUAAUGGAAGAAUGUUUGGAAACCUACAAGGCCUCACAAUGCAUGUGGGAGAUGAAGUCAACUGGUAUCUGCUGGGAAUGGGCAAUGAAAUAGACUUGCACACUGUACAUUUCCACGGCCACAGCUUCCGAUACAAGCACAGGGGCAUUUAUAGUUCCGAUGUCUUUGACAUUUUCCCUGGGACAUACCAAGCCCUAGAAAUGUUUCCAAGAACACCUGGAAUCUGGUUACUCCACUGCCAUGUGACCGACCACAUUCACGCUGGAAUGGAAACGACUUACACAGUUCUACCAAGUGAAGCAUCUUCUCAGACUUACAGAGGGAUAUGGAACAUGAACUAUCCAUUCGCAGUCAGUGUGAUUAUUUUAUUCCAAAUAUCUAGCAAGGAUUGGCUAGGAAAAUAAGAUCCUCUGACGUUCGCAAUGGUGUGGUAUCAGGAGGCUGCCUCUUAGAUAACCUCCAGAUGUACUGGGAUGUGAGCUUGAAAAAGAGCUCCUCAAUUACCACAUCUGGGAGACAUGCCACUAGCUGAGCUUCCCAAAAGUCUACCAAGAGCUGAGGAAUCACAUCUUCAUCCUUACCACAGAGCACCUUGAAAACAAUGAAACAAGCCUGUGAAUGCCAGAUAAAUAUAGCACUGAUUAAGUUAUAGCUGGGUUGAAUAUCACUCCAUCACGUGGGCCAUGCAAUUAAUAAUUUACCAUUAGCACUGGUGCCAUGGCAAAAGCAAGUUUAGACAUUUUCAGCAGGAAACAGAUUCUAGGUUGCAUGAAUGAAGUUUUCUCCAGAUACCUUCUUUUAAUUUGUACUUUUAUCUUAUCAAAUUGAUGAUGUAUAAGUCUGUUUUUUCAAUAAACAAACGAAAAACUCA